AUGAAUGAUACAAUUCAGUCUCUACACUUAGAAUUUGCUCUUCGAAACUUAGGCCCUACUAAUUAUUUUCUUGGUAUAGAACUUAUCAAAGGCACUGAUGGUUUUCUCUUAUCUUAAUCUAAGUUUGUAGCUAAUAUAUUGAAUAAAAUGAAAAUAAUCAACUUUAUACCAAGUUUUACACUCUCCUCUACCAAUUCUUCCACAAUCACUUCUAGUGGCCCUUUCUUUGAUCUCUCAUUAUAUUGUGGUAUUUUAGGUGCUCUACAAUACAUUAUAAUUUCUCACCUUGACAUUGCUUUUGCAGUUAAUAGAGCAUGACAAUUUAUGUAUAACCCAACUGAAGCACACUAGUUUUUUGUGAAACAUCUAUUUCGCUAUCUCAAGGCACAAUUGGUCAUGGUUUGCUGUUACGAAAACAUUCUUGCUUUUUUACUUAAUGCUUUUAGUGAUGUAGAUUGGGCAAGUGCAUUUGAAGAUAGGAGAUCCACAAGUGGAUAUUUGAUCUUCCUUGGAUGCAAUUUAAUCUCAUGGAGUUCUAAGAAACAAAUGACCAUCGCCCUCUCCAACACUAAAGUAGAAUACAAUGCUCUUGCCAAUGCAACUGUGAAAUUAAUCUGGAUAUAUUCUCUUUUGCAGGAACUAGGAAUGAUGCUGUCCUUCUCGCCCACUUUUUGGUGUGACAAUAUCAGAGCAACCUACCUUGUGGCGAACCUAGUGUUUCAUGCAAGAACAAAGCACAUUGACAUAGAUUUUCAUUUUUUCUGUAAGUUGCAUCAAAUCAGUUUCAAAUCUCCUUCAUAUACAACAAAGAUCAGCUUGCUGAUAUAA